UGGUGCAUGGCAUGUCUUAUCGGCGCUAGCCUAGCCUACAGUAGCUGGGGACCAACAGUCAGCCAGUCAGGAGGAGAGUGGGGGUUCCUUGGGACCCAGUCAUCAACGAGGGAGAAGGUAGACUUCAUUCUCAGUAGCUACCACUAUGAGUAGAGUAUGCUAGAGUAGAAGACCGUUGACAUUCACUGUAAAGGAAACAAGUGUCUGCUUUUAUUUCGAGGGUGGUAAAAACUCGCCUUUAUUUGUUAAUUAGAUGAAGCAGUCCGAUAAUAGCCAGUGUGGAAGUGUAGACAUGUUUGAUAACUCACAGUAUCCAUAUAACUGCUUCAACUAUGAUGGAGAUGGAUACCCUUCCUGCAGCACUGAUGAAGACAAGAAGAUGUGUCGACCUGCUUACAGUUACAUAGCGUUGAUAGCCAUGGCCAUCCAGCAGAGUCCAGAGCACCGGGUCACCCUGUCAGGGAUCUAUGAGUUCAUCAUGAAGCGCUUUCCCUACUACCGGUCCAACCAGAGGGCAUGGCAAAACUCCAUACGACACAACCUCUCUCUCAACAGCUGCUUUGUUAAGGUUCCCCGCACAGAGGGAAAUGAGAAGGGGAAAGGCAACUACUGGACCUUCGCCACCGGUUGUGAGUCCAUGCUCGACCUCUUUGAGAAUGGCAACUUUCGCCGUCGCCGGCGCCGACGCAACAUGAAGAUUGGUUUCAGAGAGCCUGGGGAGCCUUUCCUCCCAGUAAACAACAACAACAAUAACAACAUCAACAACCAACAAAUUGGCUCUACCAGGCGGACCGAUCCUAUCCCCAACCCGGACUCCUUCUGCUCCAUCAGCCCUGCCCACAGACCAGGUCACCACAACCCCCUCAACCCAAACUGCCAGGGGAAACCAGAACCGGAAAUUAAAUUCAGUAUUGACUACAUCCUCUCCACCCCAGACCCCCCUCUGCCGGGCUUCAGACCCCCACAUAGUGGUACAACAGAGCCCCACAUACACGUUCUGGAGCCCCAACACCUCAACCUGCACUUCUGGACCCUGUGAGUGUCACAGUCUUGACUACAAAGAGAGCGAGACUACAUCUGAAAGACUGGAUGGUUUCUCCUCCAUAUCUGAAUUAGUAAAUGAAGAGAUCGAAAGACUGCCCUUUUGUGCAAGGGGGUAUUUUAUUGACUUGUCCUGUGAUUAAAUAACAUAGAGAGGUCAAGUAUUGUGCUGUGGAUCCUAGCUGAUUAUAGUAAAUAUACAUUAGUCUACACUCAAAAGAAACUUGUACACUGUUCAUAUUCUUGUCCCAAGGCAUACAUGUUUACAUUACGCUUUAUUCAUAAAGUAGGACGUUCUGUUACGAAGGUCAGUGAAAAUAAUGAUUCACCUAUUUAAUAUCUAUAAUCUAUAUAAUAUCUAUAAUCUAUAUAAUAUUUUGCCUAUUUUAAGGACAGGAUAUUACAGAGUAUGCUGACUGUAUGAGAAAUCUGAUCAAACUGAAGGGAAUGUGAUAUCAUCAUAAACUAUUAAGAUUAAAAGGUAAUAAUCUCUACAAUGUUUUGGGUUAGUGAAAGUGUCAAAGCAAUGAACAGGGUAAAGGGCACAUGUCACAGCUGGUACUCAGCCACUUCAACCCUUGUUGUGAUUGAAGGCAAUUAUCAUGAGGUUGAAUUCAUCCAGGCUGAGCCCUCGCCAAACCUAAUCUUUCCCAAUGACCUUUUAAAUUCUCCUGAGAUUGAUAUAGUCCAUAUUUAAUCCAGGCACUCCAUUAAAAUACAUUAUAUUCA